AUGCCUCAGAAUCAGAUGACCAAGGAGGACUCCUCCCGAAUCCAGUCAACCCAGGCGAAGUCAGGAGGCGACAUGGGCUUUGCCUCACGUGCUCAAUCUGCGGCUGAUUCUAGAGCCAAUAACAACAAUUCUGGCGGUGGCGGAGGACAGUCCAAGGGAACCGAUGCGACCAUCAAGAAGAAUUAA